CAGUCAGGCUCCUCCAAUCCUCUCACUCGCACCGACGCGCACCGGCCAGUGUCCCUGUCACCUCCGGCCGGCCCCGCUCGCUCCCCCCACAGUGAUCCCGCGCUUCCACCACACGAUGCCACCUCCGACGACUGCAAGAAUCCAGCGACCGGACGCGGCCAAGCUCCUCCUCCUGCUUCUCACAUUCCUCUUGGCCCAAAAUGCAUUCGCCGCCGCCGGCGACGAGGACUCCGAGCACGCGGCGGCCGUGGACCGGCAUUGCGCCGGCAUGCUGCACCGCGACGUGUGCGUCUCCACGCUGUCCUCCAUCCCGGACCUGGCGCAGAAGCCGCUGGGGGACGUGAUCUCGGAGGUGGUGGGCCGCGCGGCGUCGGCGGUGCGCGCGGCCGCGUCCAACAGCACGUCCUACCUGUCCCGGCCCUCGCGGCUGCGCACGCGCGACCGGCUCGCGCUGGCCGACUGCGUGGAGCUGUUCGGGCACACGCUGGACCAGCUCACCACGGCGGCGGCCGAGCUCUCCUCGACCAACCGCUCCGCGGAGGAGUCGGUGGCGGGCGUGCAGACGGUGCUGUCGGCGGCCAUGACCAACCAGUACACCUGCCUGGACGGGUUCGCCGGCCCGUCGGCCGAGGAGGACGGCCGCGUCCGGCCAUACAUCCAGGGCCGCAUCUACCACGUCGCGCACCUCGUGUCCAACUCGCUCGCCCUGCUCCGCCGCCUCCCGCAGCGCCGGCGAGGCCGUGAGGCGUUCGAGGAGUAUGGCCCCGUGCGGCGCGGCGGGUUCCCGUCGUGGGUGUCGUCCGGGGACCGGAGGCGGCUGCAGGGCUUCCCGGGCACGGUGCCCGACCUGGUGGUGGCCAAGGACGGGAGCGGGAACUUCACGACGGUGGGGGAGGCGGUGGCGGCGGCGCCCAACAACAGCGCGACGCGGUACGUGAUCCACGUCAAGGCCGGGGGAUACUUCGAGAACGUGGAGGUCGGGAGCGAGAAGACCAACAUCAUGCUCGUCGGCGACGGCAUGUGGAGGACCGUCAUCAAGGCCAGCCGCAACGUCGUCGACAACUACACCACCUUCCGCUCCGCCACCCUCGCGGUGGUCGGCGCAGGGUUCCUGGCGCGGGACCUGACGGUGGAGAACGCGGCCGGGCCAAGCAAGCACCAGGCGGUGGCGCUCCGCGUGAACGCCGACCUCUCCGCCUUCUACCGGUGCAGCUUCGUGGGGUAUCAGGACACACUCUACGCGCACUCGCUCCGCCAGUUCUACCGCGACUGCGACGUCUACGGCACCGUCGACUUCAUCUUCGGCGAUGCCGCCGUCGUGCUCCAGAACUGCAACCUCUACGCGCGCCGCCCGGACCCAGGCCAGAAGAACGCCUUCACCGCGCAGGGCCGCGAGGACCCCAACCAGAACACCGGCAUCUCCAUCCAGGGCUGCAAGGUCGCCGCCGCCGCCGACCUCGUCCCCGUGCAGGCCAACUUCUCCUCCUACCUUGGCCGACCAUGGAAGCAGUACUCCCGGACGGUGUUCAUGCAGUCGAAGAUAGAAAGCCUGAUACACCCCAGGGGUUGGCUCGAGUGGAACGGCACCUUCGCGCUCGACACUCUCUACUAUGCAGAGUACAUAAACCGAGGGCCUGGCGCCGACACGUCGGCGAGGGUCACGUGGCCGGGGUACCGCGUGCUCACCAGCGCCAUCGACGCCAGCAAUUUCACCGUGCAGACAUUCGUCCAGGGCGACCUGUGGCUCAACUCCAGCUCCUUCCCCUACUCGCUGGGUCUCAGAUAGGGAUUUUUGGUUCCUAGUUCACACGUAAUGUAAUUGGUCCGUCUGGAAUAAAGGUGGUUCAUGUACCUCAA